AUGAUACCUGCUGAACAUAUUUUCUUUGCGACAGUCUUUGUAACUGUUGUAAGCAACGUAUUAGAACGACGAGAUGUACCUCCAUGCCCAUUUGGUGCAAGACCAAUGUAUCGUCCUGAUGGCCAACCACGUAAAUGUCUCCCUCAUCAGAACAGCUUAUGUGUAAACGCUUUACCUGAUCAGCCUAACGCAUCCACAGUUUGUUGUUGGCACAAUCAAGUUGACUAUUUUUGUUGCUUGGAUGUGGUACCUAUAGAAUGCCCUGACUAUCAUAAUGUUACCGUUGUUGUGCAUAACGCAUAUCCGCAGAAUCCAUUCGCUUUACGAUCGUUUCAUUUCAGAGAAGGAAUCGAAGAAGAAAUAGCUGCAAUGACACAGGAUUUAAUUAACGAUAAUACUGUGCGUAACGAAAACGGUUUUCUGGUCAGACAUAACAAAAAAGAAGAUAAUACAACAAUCAUUUAUUACAUAACUGGAUCGCAUUUACGUCAAAAAUUUACGAAAAAUAAAUUAUUGAAAACCAAUCGCCUUAAGUCCCAAUACCCGAACAGUUCUAGUCCCGGUGAUGACUACUAUACAUAA